UUGGUAAAAACAACACUGUACUCAAAUGAAAAUAUCUGUCAUCUGUUGAAGAUAAACAAAGUUCGAAUUGUGUCGAAAUACCAAUAUCUCCAAUAAUUUGCAAUGAAAUCAGAUGAUCAUGGAUAAUCUUAACCAGCCCAUGAACAUUGCCGAGUACAAUAGUCUUAUCACGAACAUAAUCGAAUCAGCAGUCGAUGAACUAAUCUUGAAACGUGAUACAGCUGGUGUAACGCUUAGAUACGAUGUGGACGAUGCUACCGGUCAAGGAUGUCUACUGUUUCAUAUCUGUAAACUUUGUGCCAAAGAAGAAUCAAUGCUGUUGGAUAUCUCCGAACAACAUCUGGCGUUGAUCAAUGAGUUAACCAUCGGAGGAAUCGAGGCAAGCAGCGGUUGCACCAAAAUUUGCACCAGCUGUGUGGAGUUCUUGGGUCGAAUUCGAGACUUUCGCUACCGCUGUGAGGAGGCGCAGAAACGAAUCAGUUCGUUACUGGCAGAAAGAAGAGUUAUUUCUGAUUUUCUCAACCUAGAUUUUACUAGGUCGGAGGAGGAACCUUACGGAGGAUUUCGAUCACCAAUCCAUUCUUCUGUGAAAACCGUUGAACCGGAACAAGACUAUUCCGUCGUGAAUGAUUCUUCCUCGGAGACCAAAGAAUCGGAACAAAACAUCAAACCAGUGCAAAGGAAUGCAAAACCACGGGAAGUGAAAAAGCAACCGACAGUAAAUAAAAAAGUAGAACCUAAAAAAUCGAAAAAACGGGCCGACUCACGACGACGAAUUGUGGAUGGGAAAUUACAAUGGGUCUGCUUGGAUUGCGAACAAGUAUUCGGAAGUUGCGUCAAACUCAAGAAACAUCGCCAAACCUGUGAUCUAGUUGGGACCGUUAAUUCAAAACGGCUGGGAAGCUUCAACUGUGAGAUCUGUGGUCAAUCGCUUCCAAGUUUGAUGGGUCUGCGAGUGCAUAGGCACAAACAUAACAAGAUACCGCAGGACUCUGCGCCUAAAAGUAUUGGGCAAUGUAAACCCAAAAUCCUGAAUACCAAAAUAUCAACGCCACCGAAACGAGCAGUUUGUGACGUUUGUGGAAAAGCUUUCAAUGGAAGAAGUGCCCUGAGGUCACAUAUGGUGUUUCACGAUGAAGACAAACGGUUGGAGUGUCGGAUUUGCAAGAAGAAAUUCUUCAAAAUGUACCGAUUAAAAGAUCACAUGAACUCUCAUUCGAAUGUUCGGGGAUAUAAUUGUCAAAUAUGUGGAAAAGCCUUUUUCACGAAGGAAAUUCUGUACAAACACACUCGUUCGCACGAUGUCAAUUUUCGAAAGUAUCCGUGCUCUAUCUGUCCUAUGCGAUUUCCUCAUCCGUAUAAGCUUCGAUCACACAUGAUGGUGCAUACCUCCGAACUACCACACGGUUGCAAAAUCUGUACUAGCAAAUUUCGUUUUUCGUGGGAUCUUAAAAAACACUACGUCACUGCCCAUCCUCCUCCUUCAGCCGACGUAGAAGAACCAGAUGAGUUGCUUUCCGAGCUGCCUCCGCCGCUAGAUGAAAUGAUUCCCGACUCGCUUCUUCAUCCGUCAUCGUUACCACUAGUGCCCCUUUCGCCACUGGCUCCACCUUCACCGCUGUGUCUCCCGGAUCCACCCCGGCGAGUGGUGGAUCUGAUCGAGGAAGAACCCCACGACGACCUGUCGGUGAUGCUGGCGGAUAUCCCACCACACCAGCAACCGGAACUGACCCCAUCGGUAGCGGCUGUGCAACCAGUACUGGCGGAGCAUCCUUUCGACACGGAAAACCUGCUGGAAGAUGCCUCACGCGAUUUCGCAACCGAUUGCUUCGCGACCGGUCAUCUGAGCGGCGAGCACACAACCGAUGGUGAUGAUUUUUACUGCUUCAUGGAGUGCUGAUGUGACUAACUAACUGAAAAAAGGCGUUAUUACUUUGUGUUAUUGUGACGAAAGAUUGUGAUAUUAAAAAUAUCAUUACCAG